CCAACUUCAUCGCGAUCCCAUUUCCUGCUUCAUACACACAGUCAUUACUCUCUGGGGAUCCCCUAUGCGAAGCUCCUGCUCUUCCGAAUAUCCCAUUCCACCAUAUUCCUAUCCACCAACCCAGCUUCAAAAUGCCAUCGAUCACCCUCCAUCCCCGCGCGUCCAAUUCUCCGUCACGCGUCAACAACCCUCUUCCCCAGCUAUUACAAACACCCUCUGGCCUCGCUCUCCUCGAACUCCAAGGCACGAUCAACAUCCCCUCACAUGAAAACAACGAACCCGAUCCUCAGUCUACGAGAUUGUCACCCGAUGGUCCCCACGACCCCAACGCCGCCCCCGUCUUCGAGACCCCAAUCGGCAAACUCUUGUUCCCGGACUAUUCGCCACAGUAUACGGCCCCGGAUGACACAAAAUGGAUGAAGCGCGUCUAUCUAUAUGUUGGACGAUACCAGCGGAUGACGGGGGAGGUUAAGAAGCUGCCACAGCCACUUGCCAUCGUGCAGCGGAGGCAGAAGGAAUCGGGUGCUGCGGGUGGCGAUGACGAGGAACUGGAGAUCGUCGAGGUCGUGAAGUACAAGAUCUUCUUCAAGAGCAGACCGGAGCCUGUCAAUGACAUCUGAGGGCGUCGCCUUGUUUUCGGGGGUGAGAGGUAGGCUGGAGCCAGGCAGACUGGUUACCGACUGGCAGAUGCAGAGAGCCGGAACUCUUGACCUGGUUGAUAUGUGCGGGGUGUUUUCCAUGGUUCUUGUUGGCUGUUUGGUCAGGCUUAUGGCACAUGCUCAAGA